AUGCAGGCGUUUCUGAAAACUGGUAAAAUUUCUGCCACUGAAAAAGCUGGCCCAUCUGGUUUGAAAACAACAAAGAAAAAGCCUCCAGCGCCAUGGGUAGAAAAAUAUAGGCCUAAAACCAUUAAUGAUAUUGUUGAUCAAGGGGAAGUAGUGCAAGUCCUUAGGGAAUGUUUAUCAGGUAGUGAUUUGCCUCAUCUUCUAUUUUAUGGACCACCGGGAACUGGUAAAACUAGCGCUAUAUUGGCAGCAGCUCGUCAGCUUUUCGGAGAUAUCAGCCGUGAUCGAGUACUUGAAUUAAAUGCUUCAGAUGAGCGUGGUAUUCAAGUUAUAAGAGACAAGGUCAAAGCAUUUGCUCAGCUGACUGUUAGCAGUACUAAACCAGAUGGGAAAUCAUGUCCAUCCUAUAAACUUGUAAUUUUGGACGAAGCUGACUCUAUGACAAAUGCAGCACAGGCAGCAUUGAGGCGGACUAUGGAGCGAGAAACAAGGACAACACGUUUCUGUCUCAUUUGUAACUAUGUGUCUAGAAUAAUACCACCUAUAACCAGUAGAUGUUCAAAGUUCAGAUUUAAACCUUUGGCGAAGGAAAAUGUAAUAAAAAGAUUGCGCGAAGUAUGCGACUGUGAAGGCGUCGAUGUUGGAAACGGAGAAAUUCUUCAUCAGGCCGUAGACACGUGCGACGGUGAUCUUCGAAGAGCCCUAACUGCACUCCAGUGCUGCCAAAGACUCCUGGGGAAAAUUACGGCAGAAGGACUGAUUGAGGUUACUGGAAUCGUUCCAGAUAAGUUAGUCAACGAAUUCCUUGCCAUUAAAAAUUACAGUGAACUGGAAGUCUUUGUUGAAAAAUUCCUCAUGGACGCAUAUUCAGCAUCACAGCUGCUAGAGCAGCUAAGCAGCACGGUUGUGAGCAGCGGCCAUUUGACUAACAAGCAGAAAUGUGAAAUCAGUGAGAAACUAGCGAUUUGUUCCCAUCGCUUGCUGGAAGGUGGCGCUGAGGUCAUGCAACUCACAGAUCUGGGCUGCACUAUCAUUAUGGCCAAUAGCAACCCCUGA